CAGUAUAAUUUGUGGCACAGCAAUUGAAACACGUUUAAAUCGAGCGAGCAACGGAAAACAAGUUUAGCGACCAAGACAACGAGCUACUGUGUACAAAAAGUAAAAGGCAGAUCCGCGUGUGUAUAACUAGCAAUGACUUUAAUUGCGAAACUUUUCAAUAUAUUGGUGAUUUUUUUGUGCGCACAACAUGAACUGAUCAAAAUAAACGCAUAUGAUCCAAAUGAUACCAAAAUCGUUGAGUGUUGCCUGCCACCCGCUGGCAUGUUUGAGGCCUUCUAUCCGCGUGAAGUGGAGGGCAUACCAAACAGUGCAUCUCGGCCCGCUCACGGGCAUGGCAGCUUCUUCAAGCAUCGAAAUCCUGCAUUGGUGGAUACAAAAAAUGCAGCUGCCUAUGGCUACCGAUUUGAUGGGAAGCGGCGCUUCAAUUUUGAUUAGUUUUUAACCAUUGCAAAUGUUCAAAUGCAAAUUCAAGAAAAUAAAAAAAAAUUUCAAUAUG